AUGUCAAAAACACGACGUCCUAAAGAACUCAUCACUGAACCUUCAGUUAAUGAGAUAUGGUCUUCGGGACGCACUAGUCCAAACUAUCAGCAACAACUCGCUGCUCCGGUACCCGUUCGUUCUUUGAGCAACCCGGUUCCUCCCUCUCCUCCUUUAAUCAUACAGGAUCGUAAGACUUCAUUAGCCUCGAGUAUCUCGUCGACUACUUCCUCAGGCUGGGGGCAUUCUCCAGAAAGAAUAGAAAUACCUUCAUCAAAUCAGUUGCCCAUAAACCCUCGUAAAGAAUCUGCCUCGAGCAUUUCAAACUCUCAAAGGUCUGCUGUUUAUCUUGAGCCUGAGAAUCUCCAGUCUCUUUCUCUUUUUGCCUCUUCGACAAAGACAAAAGUUAAUAAAUUAACACUUGCGGGACCCCCUCGACGGUCUUCAGAUUUGGAGCCGCCACAGCGAUCCCCUUCUCCGCUACAUACACCCGGGCCUUCACCAACAUUUGGUCAUAACAGACGAAAAAAAUCACGCGAGGAAAAAGAGCCUUCUUUUCUUGCUUCGUUAUUUGGUUCAAGGCCCGCUUCACCAAGUUUUGAUAUAAGUGCCCAGUCAACAUCGAAUAAUCAUCAUAAUUCCUCAAAAACAGCAAAGUCAAGUGGGUUUAAUGCAAAUUCAAAUUGCACAAGUGAAGCACAUUCACAUAGUCAUGCCCGAAAAAUGUCUGCUGGAAAUGCGAUAGUAGCAUUAGGAUUACCUGAAGAUGAUGGACCACGAAGAAAAUCGUUUGAUUCAUAUCAACCAAAUGAUAUAGCUAACUAUGGAUAUUUCUCAUCAUCAGACAUAGCACCAUUUGUACACCAACAGACAUCAGAUGGUCUUGGAGACCUUCGAAAGACCACAAUGGCUACAAUAUCAAGUAGUGUAGAAUCUCAGCCUCCAUCACAUCGCAGACAUGGAUUUCACAAAAGAACAAAUAGUUCGGAUAGUGAACAAAUACAGAUGGGAUUAGAGAAUGGUAGCUCGGUGAAUUUGGUUAGCCAUAGUAGUAAUAAUUCCGCUACUCAUCCAGUUAAAGAAAAGAAGGCGGGUUUUUUAUAUAGGCUUAAGAAUGGCAAGAAAAAAAAGACCGAUAGUGAAAGGACCCCUGAAGAGUCAAUAAGGCAUGGCACGUCUGCACUAAACACGCCAGUCAAUGAAAAAGAUGAUUAUUUUUCACCGCAUAAUUUACCUAUGGAUCUGAAUUUAACUGACAUGGAAGGCAUUUUAAAUUACAAUAAUAUUGACGCGACAUCUAAUUUCCAUGGUUCUUUCGAAGAUUAUCAUCAUAAAGAUUUUCAGUCGUAUGUUACUGAUUUCAGGGAAUUUCCUCCCGGCGGUAAAAAUGAAAUAUGGUUACCGCCUGAUUCUUGGGCAGUUUUGAAGCCAUCUCCAUUUGGAAUGCGAUUCGAUGAGAGGGAUAAUUUUGAUAUUUCUUCUAAUGAACGAUUGUAUUGUAUUCGAAUUUUUCGACCAGACGCCACUUUCGGAACUGUUAAUUGUAGUCUCAAUACUACCACGGCAGAAUUAUGUCAAAUUUUGGGCAAAAAAUUCUUUAUUCAAGACAUAUCGAAAUAUAAUUUGUAUGUCAAGAGAAAUAAUAUGGAACGCGUGUUAGCUCCACAGGAACGUCCUCUUCAAUUGCAGAAAAAGUGGCUUGAACAAGUAGGAUAUUCAGAAUCAGAUAAAUUGGAGGAUCUUGGUCGAGAGGAUAAUAGCUAUUUGGUGAGAUUCACGUAUCGACAAGCUACAAUGCCAACAAGAAUUGAGGGGGAAGAGAAUCGAACCUCGUAUAAACACGUUGAUCUACAAGCAAGAAAUCUACAAACAAUUCCAAUUUUUUUACAUCAGCACGCAUAUACAAUUCGUUCACUAGACGUGUCACAAAAUCUUUUGAUCGACUUACCCACGGAUUUUAUUCAAUCAUGCAUACAAUUACGCGAGCUUAAUCUCGCUCAAAAUGAUUUUGAACGAAUUCCACAAUCAGUUCUUAACACGGAGAUGCUUUCAAAGCUUACAUUAUCAUCAAAUCAUCUACAAGAUCUUGACCAUAUUCGUUUGGAUUCGCUUAGAAGUCUAAAUAAUCUACAGUUGGACAAUAAUUUACUAAAAACACUUCCAGAACAUUUUGCACGAAUGAGUUCUCUAAGUACUUUGAAUUUAUCAAAUAAUUACUUUAAAACAUUUCCCGAGGUACUGUGUAAAAUAUCUACCCUUCAAGAGCUCGACAUGUCAUUUAAUCAAAUAAGUUCGAUACCGGAAGAAAUCGGUGAUCUUAGUUCACUCGAGCGUCUUAUUAUGAUUGGAAAUCGAAUAGCUGGUUCAUUACCAGCUUCGUUCGCAAAACUUGUCAAACUCCGUUAUCUUAAUUUAUGUCAUAAUAUGAUACACAGCAUUGAAGUAUUAUCGAACUGUCCACGCUUACAACAAUUAUAUGUGGAAUCAAAUAGUGUUAGUAUUGUUGAUAUAUCGGCGAGUUCUUUGAAAGAAUUAUACUUCUCACAAAAUCAUCUCACACAAUUCUCGUUAAUGGGGACUAGUUUGACGCUCACUACACUUUGUCUAACACGUUCAAAACUCACAACACUUCCGGAUACAUUAUUCGAACAUUUAUUAGCGGUAGAACGACUUGAAUUGUGUUAUAAUCAAUUGGUUUCGCUGCCUUCUACAAUAAGUGCACUACAAAAACUAAUACACUUCAACUGUACAAAUAAUCUUUUAACUGAAUUACCACCAGAGAUUGGACGAUUACGUUCGCUGCAUUCACUUGAUGUGCACAUUAAUAACAUAUCAAAAUUACCAAGAGAAAUUUGGUUAUGUCAGCGUUUAGAGUCAUUUAAUGCUAGUAGUAAUUUAUUGAAAUAUUUUCCAGCACCAUAUAAGGAAACUGCGCCAUCUCUAUCUCCAAUCCCAUCGUCACCGUCAACAGUUCCAUUAGUUGCACCAACGUUCGAAAGAAUGAAUUCUAGCACACCUACGCUUGGUUCAUUCGUCAGUAGUAGUAACGGCGAUUCUUCAGUUAAGAGUGGUCCACCAUUAGCCAGUUCUUUACGUGCUCUGUUUCUUGGAGAUAAUCAGUUGAGGAAUGAUAUAUUUGCGGUGAUAUCCGUAUUCACGGAACUCCGUGUUUUGAAUCUGGCAUUCAAUUAUCUUGACGAAUUUCCGAAAUGUAGUCUAAUGAGUAGUCAUCUUACCGAAUUAUAUUUAAGUGGCAAUGAAUUUGGUGCAUUACCCGAUGAAAUCGAUCAAUUGACAAGUCUUCGAGUGUUACACGUGAACGGGAAUAAAUUACAGACAUUACCGGCCGAGUUAAGUAAAAUACGAAAAUUGCUAGUGUUGGAUGUUGGUAGCAAUGCAUUAAAAUACAAUAUUGCGAAUUGGCAAUUUGAUUGGAAUUGGAAUUGGAACAUCGAGUUGAAAUAUCUUAAUUUAUCGGGAAAUAAACGUUUCGAAAUCAAGCCAAAUCAUUUACAUGAAGUCAAAAAAUUGCAAGACAGAAACUUGGCCGCGUUCGAUUCAUUAUCACGAUUACGUGUUUUAGGUUUGAUGGAUGUUACCCUAUUGAAUCUCUCGGUACCCGAUGAUUCAGAUGACAGGCGGGUUCGUACUUCUGGUUCAGAAGUGAAUUCAAUGGCUUACGGAAUGGCCGACACAUUAGGGCAAUUAGAACAUUUAACCACCUGGGAAGCCGUAAUCCCAAAAUUCAAUAAUCGAGAGAAUGAAUGUUUGUUUGGAUUGUUUGAUAGUCGUGCCAGUAGCAAUCAAGGGGGUCGAGUCACUAAAUAUUUACAUGAUUGGUUCCCAUUCCAUUUCAGUUCGGAACUGAAAAAGAUAAGAGAUACUAAUGAGACAAUUGAAUCGGCAUUGCGCCGUUCUUUCUUGAGUUUAAAUAAAGAACUCGGCGCUAAAGUCUUCAACUCCAAUUUAGAGAUGAAUUUGGAUUUUCAGCGUGAAAAAAACGCGACUUCAAAUCUUGGUAUCGAUGAUAACAAGUCCGGUGCAUCCGGUUUAAUCGCGUAUAUAAAAGAUACAACAUUAUAUGUGGCAAAUGUUGGUGAUAUUGUUGCUGUAAUAUCUCGUAACAGGGGGAAUGCAGAUCCAAUUGCACAAAAACAUUCACCAAUGACACCAUCGGAAAUAGCAAGAAUUCGAAAUGCGGGCGGAUUCUUUUCUCACAAACGUUUAGUUAACGGGGAACUAGAAGUGUCACGUUCAUUUGGCCACUUUCAUCUGAUACCGGCUGUUAAUGCAAAUCCAACUGUUAAAGUUGUUCAACUCGAAGAACAAGACGAAUUUGUUAUAAUAGCCACAAGAGGAUUAUGGGAUCGAAUAUCUUAUCAGACAGCAGUGGAUAUUGCAUAUAAUGAAUAUACAGAACGAGGAGAUUUGAUGCGUGCUGCUCAGAAGCUACGUGAUUUUGCCAUCGCUUAUGGUGCCAAGGAUAGUAUUAUGGUGAUGAUAAUUGGAGUCGAAGAUAUUUUCGGAGGAACGAGAAAAUGGGAAGCUAGUGGAGCUGAAAAUCAAAAUAAUGCCGUAGGAAAUACUUAUUACAUUCGUGGUCGUCGUCGAGAUGAAGAUAAACCGAGUGACUCAACCAUAGCACGUUUGCAAAAAGAAAUUGAACCACCGACCGGAAAAAUAGCUUUAGUUUUUACCGAUAUUAAAAAUUCUACAUUCUUAUGGGAGACAAUACCAAUUGCGAUGCGACACGCAAUCAAGCAACAUAAUACAAUUAUGCGGAGGCUAUUACGAAAUAUUGGUGGUUAUGAAGUGAAAACAGAAGGUGACGCUUUCAUGGUUUCUUUUCCCACCGUGUCAUCCGCGUUAUUAUGGUGCUUCACGGUACAAAUGCAAUUAUUACAAGCUGAUUGGCCGACGGAACUUUUGGAACUGGAGGAUGGUAAAGAGGUUUAUGGUGGACACGACUCAGAACUAAUAUAUCGUGGAUUAAGCGUACGAAUGGGAAUUCAUUGGGGUUCACCAGUAUGCGAAACUGAUCCAAUAACGAAAAGAAUGGACUAUUUUGGACCAAUGGUCAAUAGAGCUGCAAGGAUAUGUAACGCGGCCGAUGGCGGUCAAAUUUGUGUUAGUGCCGAUGUUGAGAGUGAGAUACGCCUAUUACAGACAAUGAUGGAAAAUGAUCCGAUGGGAACAAGUCGAAAGAAUAGUCAAGAUGCUGAAGGGGAAUAUGAGGUUGCAGCAGCAGCAGCCGCUGCACUUGAAUCAAGUGGUCGGAUUGAAGGAUCACCAAAUAUUAAUAGCAAUAUUGUCAUAGACAAAACUAUAUUAUCGUUAACUAAUCUUAAUAGUGGUAAUCUUAAUAGUGGUAGUGGUAUGGACAAAACUAUACUUUCGUUAAGGAAAAUGGGGUUUGUCGUAAGAAAAAUCGGUGAAACUAAAUUGAAAGGUUUAGAAAAUCCUGAAGAGUUAUCAUUGAUUUAUCCUGAACCUCUAAAAGGUCGUUUGGAAGAAGAUCAGGCAAAGGCGAACCAAAGAAGCUCUGUUAUUGCAUCAGAGAAAAUAUACGAACCAUCAACUCAAAUUCUUGAUCCAGCGUCUGUGCGUUCCCUAGGAUACUUAUGCUUGCGAUUAGAACGUGUAGCAUCAGGCUAUGUGAACACUCGUAGGACGCGAAAUUCAAGAACCGACUAUUUAACCGGUCUUUUAACUUUUCAUGUAAAAGAUAAUGCUGACGAUGAAGAAUUACUACGAAUAACCGAAAGUCUAAUUACUCGCAUUGAGAAUGCCAUCUCGACAUUAGCUCUUAAAAAAGUCGGACCAUAUUCCAAAGUGUUGGAUGCCAUUAUUAUUGAUCCUGAACUCGUUUCGAAAGCUUUGCAGAUGUAUGCUCAAAUAAUGGGUGCCUCAAAAUGA